AUGCUGGAUUCGCGCCAGCUUCUUCGUGCAUUGGUCCCAGUGAGAAGACGAUUGCAUCGUUUCGAACCUUUAAUCGAUAAAUUUUGCGCGAUUUUUCGAAGAGUUUCGUCAAACUCGUUGUGGCAUUUGUUAUCGUGCCGGUGUUGGUUAUAUUUCAUUUUGUUCGCAACUUGCAUUACUCGUGGUAGUAAGAAAUCCGGUUACUUUUCUGUUGUAACGCGUAGAUUUUGA